UUCAAGAAAGAAAGUCGCCAUGCUGGGAAAUAAAAGACGUAGGAAACCUCUGCAGGAUGCUGAGCAUCACAUUACCUGUAAAACUGACAAGCCUGGGCUUCGAGAGCAGUUCAUCAGCAAAUAUAAAGGGCGUGGAGUUUUCACCACUGGAGCUUUUUUCAGAGGUGAUUUUGUUCUUGAAUACAGAGGUGAACUUCUGAGUUCACAGGAGAGUCUGGACCGAACUGAACACUACACUGAAGCUGAGAACACGUUCCUGUUUGAUUUUCAGUGGCAUGGCAAAAAUUGGUGCAUGGAUGCAUCUAAAGAAGACUUGUCUUUGGGAAGACUUGCAAACGAUGAGACCAGAAAUCCUACUUGCAAAAUGAGAACUGUUGAAGUGAGCAGAAAACCUCACCUGUGUCUGUUUGCUGUACGAGACAUUCUACCAGGAGAGGAAAUCACUUACAAUUAUGGAGACUCAGAUUGGCCAUGGCGAGUCAAGCCUUUGAAUAAAGCAUCAGCAGAAUCCACUGAUAAAAAGCCAGCCAGCAGUUUGCGCCUGCAUAAAUCUCCCCAUUGUGUAGCUUCUGUUUCCUCUCCUGAACUGGACAAGGUAAACAGCAAUGGUCCUCAUAAGCAGUCAGGCAAAGCAAGAACAUCAAGGAAUAAAACGGCGGCCAGUCUCUUUUUUUCUGUAGCCACUCCAAAGUCCAAGUCACCCACGUCACCUUCAACCUCGCCUGUGCAGCCCUCAUCAUCCUCGCCUGCCUACAGAGGAGGAGAGUGCAUCAACAAAGCUGCUUGCGAAUGUGGCAUAAAGAACCCUAAAGCACUGUCAUCAACUAGGCUCAGGAAACACAUAGCAACCAUGUCUAAAAUUCUUAACCUUAAUGAGAAUGAAGCAGACCAACUGGCUGAUUUCCUUGGUCACGAUAUCCGAAUCCACAGACAGUAUUAUCGGUUACCAGAGGGAACACUGCAGCUGGCAAAAAUGAGUAAAGUCCUAAUGGCCAUGGAGAAAGGAACACUGUCUGACUACAAAGGAAAGAAACUUGAUGACAUUGAAAUCGACCCAAAUGAGCAACUUGAGGCCCAAGGUGAUUCCAUGUCAAGUGAUGAGGAGGAUUCCAGUGACCUAUCUCAGACGACAGCACCAAUACAGACUGAUCAACCUGUUCAAUCUGAACAAGCUGUUUCACAGGAGGAUCAAGGUUCUUCAAAUGCUCCAAAAAAGAAAUAGGAGGACAGUGAGGUAAAAGCAGUAGAGAGACACAUGAUGAGUUUCAUCAAGACAUGCAAAGUUCCUGGUAAGCAAGACUGUGAAAGAUGCAUUCACGCAGAGCCAGAAGCUUUGAAGCAGCGAACAUGGACUGGUGUGAAAAAUUAUGUGCGGAACAGGAUCACGACUCCUAAAAGAAAGGGUGGUUUGUAGGGAGGGACAAACACUUCAACACUUUGCACAUUAUGCUCUUUUUGUAGGAAAUGGAGCUAAAUUAAAAGAAAUGAGGAUAAAGGUGUAGAAAUAUUUUGUGGAUGGAAUGAAACAGAAUAUAAAGUGAAACGUUAGAGUAUAAGAAGGCUAAUGAAGAAGUAGAGGAUAGUAAGAGUCAAUUUUCUUUGUUCAGUUACAAUAUAGUUGGAUGAAAUGUCAUGUUAAACUUUUUGAUAUUUCUGUCAUAGAGGGAGGGGAGAAUGUAAAGAUGAUAAAAAAGGGAAGAGUGAAUAGCUGUGCUGGACAUGGGCUGUGGCUGGAUCUAACCGAUUGGUGAGAGUUGCUGUGUGCAGACUAGAGAAGCUGAAAACUGAGAUGUGAUGUCAGACACUUUCUGCUUCCCGUAGUGAUGCAGAGCCAGAAGCUUUGAAGCAGGGAACAUGGACUGGUGUGAAAAAUUAUGUGCGGAACAGGAUCACGACUUCUAAAAGAAAGGGUGGUUUGUAGGGAGGCACAAACACUUCAACACUUUGCACAUUAUGCUCUUUUCGUAAGAAAUGGAGCUAAAUUAAAAGAAAUUAAGAUAAAGGUGUAGACAUUAAAAUUAAGAGACGCUCGCGCUGUUUGCAUACUUUACCACAGCUGAAGUAGAAAAAAUGCAUUAUUUUCCAAAUACACAGAUAUUUCGGAGACAUUUUCAUUCAAUACAUGCACUGCUUGAUACAGUGUCUGUUUGUACAAGAAUAAAGUUCAACAUAAGCCUAAAUACAAACGUAAAGCGGGAAGAGAGAAUGUAAAGGGGGACGUUAAAGGACGUAAAGUAGAAGAGCAUGUAAAGGGGACGUAAAGAGGGAGGAGAGAAUGUAAAGGGGACGUAAAGAGGGAGGAGAGAAUGUAACUGGGACGUAAAGAGGGAGGAGAGAAUGUAAAGGGGACGUAAAGAG